UAUCACCUGACCUUGACCUAGCUUGAAGAAAGCUUGGCCAUGGCUUCCACUGAUGACUUCGAUGACAAUGUGAGCACAGUCAGCCUCACAGAUUCUGAAGCGCCUGAAUGGACCAAAUCGUCGACGUCGUCAAUCAGCACCAACCCGUUGGAAGAUUUGGCAGCAGAAUCCAAUUUGACCAGGGCUGCUCGGUGUGUCCAGCUUUGCUGGGCCAUCCUGUUUAAAGAAUUGGGGAAGAACACUUUGCAGGAGUCCAUGCUCGUGCAAGUUCAUGCCACUUCUUCAGCCUGCACUGGGGCACGCUGAGAUGGGCCAAGCGGUCAUUCAGAAAACAAUCAAUUCCUCCAAAGAACUGGACCGCAUGGUUGAAUUUACGAGCAUCAGAGCGCAUGAGACCAACAAGGGCUGCAGACAGCUCAUUGCGGAUCAUGUUCGCUGGUGUGGGGAAAGUGACCAACGAUCACUCACAGCCAUGUGUUCACGGCGACCUCACUCAAAUCAUGCCAAGCAACAGCUUUGACCCUGAGAGCGGUUUCGAAGCCAAGGCGGCCCAGAUCAACCAAGCCAAGCUUCGCACCACCCAAUAUUGCUUUACGCAUGACCGCCAGUGUCCAAUUUUUGGGAAGAGGGCUAGAGAAGUGGACCUGGAUGUGAGUGGGCUACCUUGCCCAGACUUUUCAGCGAUGGUUUUCUGCAGCCAUGCCAAGUUUCAUGCUGCUUGGCAAACCCCAAUGCUGAUCAUCGAGAACGUGCCGGACCUGGAUUUGGGAAUGAUCACGUACUUGUAUUCCAAGCACUACAGGAUUCGGUGCCUGCGCGUGAUGCCAGCCCAUCAGGGGCACGCUGGUGUAGCCAGGGACUACAUGGUAUCCACCACGGCGGAGUACUACAGGGAGGCUUCCAAAACUGCCAGGACGCGUGGUAUUCCUCUACGGCCCGUAUCCAACACUGAUCUUAAAGUCUAUUCACCGAUCCGGCGCCAGCGAUUCCAAGAGGAUGCUCUGGAUUCUCCGUACUCGAUGAGGUAUUUGCUGAACCAGAACCUCUUCAUGAAAUUAGGUGCACGUUUUUGCAUUUUUGCACAAGCUGUCCUAGCUCUACUAGCUGGAAACAUCGCUUGAAUUCCAAAGAAAUUGCGCUCGGCCUAGCAGCACAGACGGAGAGAGUCGAG